AUGGACUCUCCCAACUUCUUCGCCCCUGUGUGCAACACUUUUGGGCGUCGUGGCAUUCCUGAAUCACACCCAUCUUCAGCGUUCUCCACUGGCGCUGACAAAAAUGGCGAGGGCCGCAUGGUCCACUCACACAAGGUCGCCGAUAUCAACGUUUACUUUUUGGAUGAUCCACCCAUGAACAUGGGUAUUGUGUCUCGCAAGCAGAUGGAGAUCCAGUUCUACAAGCUUGUCGACCUUUACAGCGGUCGCAAUCGCCGGGACGUGGCCUGUGUUAGCACGGCGUGGAUUACGGAUUCCUCGGUCAAGGGCUACAUCCUCGACACCACGUACCCCGACUGCCUCCACGGCUACGGCGCACACCGCCUCUACCGCGACGAGCUGCUUGAUUCAUCGUACAUGUUUGGAAACACUCGCCGCGCUACCUUUGAACAGCAGGAUGCUUUCCGCCGCCAGUUUGCCGAGCUCACACACGUGACCUGCGUGCCCUCGGACUGGACGGUCGGGGGUGACACGGUAGUUGACGACGACGACGCACCGUCCGGUAGUGGCCCCCCCUCUAGCGUCGUGGGGCUGGAGCUCCCCGUCACUCAGGCCACGCCGGAGCCCAGCUCCCGCUUCCUGAGUGGCAGCAGCAGCAGCGGCGGCACCGGCGGCAGGGGAUCGCGCUUCGCCCCCUACACCAAGAAGCGCCCAAUGUACGCCGGCCCGCCCAAGGGACGCGCCCUUGUGCGCGUCAAGGACAUGCCCAGGAUUCAGCAAGAUCCAAGCCCAACCCAGCUCACCACGCCGGGCCAGGACACGACCGAAACGGACACGGACACGUAG